AUGCGAGCGAUACACGGUCGGCUCCUGCAGCGUGCCGGCGUGUCCAGCCGGCGCAGCAGCUUAAAACGAUUGCAUUCGCUCUUCCUCGUACCCGACAAUGUGCUGCCAUCUCGACGCAAUUUCUCGUUCAGCGCUACGUACCCUACGUCCAGCGAGUCCGCCGCCAUGGAUGACACGGAUGACAAAUCCACACCUCGACUGGUCUGUGGCAAGUGCAACACGACGCUAAGUGCCACAAAAGACUUGGUGUUCUUCAAAUGGAGGAAUGGGAUUCACGUAUCUAGCGCAACAGAUGAACCAUUGAAGAAUUUGUUUCCAGAGGAUUCGGUGGGGGAAGAGGAUGCGAGUUGGAAGAAGCACAAGAUGCUCUGUAUCAAAUGCAACUUCCAAGUUGGCACUUUGGCGCGGAUUUUUUCGUCGGACAAAGUUUUAUUCAGUGCUUCCUGCGUGGCGGUGCAGAUGCCAGACGACCAAUCACCUUUGCUGUCAUUGUCGGGUUAUCCUUCGUCGUUGCUGAGCUUUACGAUGUGGUCGGAGCUGAUCUUGAUGGCGGAAACACAACCAAAACUCAAGGACUUGCUGCAGAUCCGCCGAGUGGAUAAUAUCCAGGAGAACACAUCAAAGAGCGCCAAGCUGAACCGGAAAUUGCUCAUGGCGAAAGACUUACAGGAACUGUUGCGCAUAGUGGAUGAAAAUGCCUUCAACUUGAAUCACUACAACAUUCGAACGGCGAUCGAUCGUGCAGGUCGCUUUGUCUCGACUAGAACAACCCGAGCGAAUUUACUGGCCGUCAAUAACAUCGACAAUAUCAACAAAUCUGAAGCUCCUGAGGAUGACCUGCUAGCCGUCCCGUCGCCAGCCUUGUUUCCAAAGUGGACUACCAAGCCUAAUGCCUUGGAUACAAAGCGAUUUUGGAAGCUGAUUGAUGAGACAGAAAAGCUGGUGAACUUUGGCAUUGCCGCCUUCAAAACGGGCAGUGCGUUGACCCACUUAACGACUGCUCUGAUGCGUCUUGGCGUGGGCCGGACGUCAAUUCUACAACCUAUAGCAGCGCAGACAGCUUUCAUGUUGCAGUCUGAGAAAGGAAAAAUCAACUCUCAUCAAGCCUGUAUGGUAGUGUCGGCGAUAACCCACUUGCUCCCGAGAGAAAGUCGUCGUCAAGAGUGGGUUCUGGACUCUUUACAAACCGCCAGCAAGGCGGUGAUGGCCGAGCUGGAUGAUGAAAACACCAGUGCUGAGGACAAACAACGGGCAGCUGAAGUGCUGGUCCCGCUCGCACGGUCGUUCCUCUUCGUCGAGAGCUUCGACGAAGAUCUGUUCCGUCGGACGCUCAAAGAGGUUAACUCUGGAGGUCUGGACAAGCUGAACAUGCCGCUCUUUAAGCUGAGAGUGCUCAAGUCCAAACUGUACCAGAUUCAUCUGGACUGUGAGCUCAGCGACCGACCUACUGAGUUCAGAAUAACCCCAGCUGUCGAGGAAAAGUGCAAGCGAGUGUUUGACGCUCACCAGGCGAAGGGUAAGAGCUCGUCGUUCCGACUGCACCAUCUCGUUUGCACUGCUCUGGACGAGAUCGGAAUCCAGAACGAAACGCUACACGCCACGGAGACUGGUUACCAUCUUGACGUGGUGGCGCCAAGGCAGAAAAUUGCUAUCGAGAUCAACCCGCCGGACUGCUAUCAGGCGCUGGAGCCCAGUGACGAGGAUAAGGAGCCCAAAACCUUCGGCUUCGUUGACCUCAAGGCGCGGCACUUGAAACUGAUGGGCUGGACUGUCAUCCAACUGCAUGCCGACAGCUUCCAGCAGCUUGUAACUCUGGAAGACCGCGUCAUGCACCUUAGCAUGCUCUUAGAAAUCGCCACCUGCCGCAACUUUGGGCGCUUGUGA